UUAUUUCAUUUUACAAACAGUUCUCAAUAAUUUAUCGGAAAUUUGAAAGACCAGAACACAUAUAUAUGCAUAUGAAAUUUUCCUCAAAUCAAUAUUUCGUUGAAUUUCAAUCCCCAUUUCGCAGAUCGAGGGUUUCAUAAUUCAAUUCGAUUUCAAAAGAAAUUUCAGUAUUAGGGUUUAUGACCGGGCAAAAUUUCACCAGAUUCUUCGCCUCCGAUCUAUAAAAUCCGGUGUAAGCAUUUACGAUAUUUAGAGGGUGUUGGAAAUUUCAUCUGCGACAAUGCCGGUGAAGAGUGGGAAUUCAUCGAUCAGGGAUCGGACGCAUGAGUUCGCGGGCAUAACAGAGAGGGUAAAAAAGUCAUUCUCCUCUCAGAAUGGACCGAGCAGCAGCGGGUCGAAGCCGGAGGAGCCGCCGCGGUCGGCAGUUGCGAUGCAAUCGGAGUUCAACCGGAGGGCGUCGAAAAUUGGGUUUGGGAUUCACCAGACAUCCCAGAAGCUAGCUAAGCUGGCAAAAUUGGCAAAGAGGACGUCAGUUUUCGACGACCCUACCAUGGAAAUUCAGGAGCUAACUGCAGUUAUCAAGCAAGAUAUAACAGCUCUCAAUUCUGCAGUGGUUGAUCUCCAGUUUCUCUCAAAUUCCCGAAACGAAAGUGGGCCCGUAUCCUCCGACAACACCAGCCAUUCUACCACGGUUGUUGAUGAUCUGAAGAAUCGUUUGAUGAGCACAACAAAAGAGUUCAAGGAUGUUUUGACCUUGCGAACAGAGAAUUUGAAGGUUCAUGAAAACAGGCGACAAAUGUUUUCCUCUUCCGUUUCCAAGAAUCCUACAAAUCCUUUUAUUCGUCAGCGUCCUUUGGCUGGCAAGUCUGCCGCCAGUACUUCGGCGGCUCCUCCUCUUCCAUGGGCUAAUGAGGGACAAUCUUCAUCACAAAUGUUCCCUAGGAACCAGGCGGAAGGGGAGUCUCAGCCAUUACUGCAGCAGCAACAAAACCAGCAGCAACAGGAAAUGGUUCCGUUACAGGACAGCUACAUGCAGAGUAGAGCCGAGGCUCUUCAAAACGUGGAAUCGACAAUUCAAGAGCUGGGCAAUAUCUUCAAUCAGCUCGCUACCAUUGUCUCCGAGCACGGCGAGAUUGCUAUCAGGAUUGACGAGAACAUGGAGGACACGCUGGCAAAUGUCGAGGGAGCUCAGGGAGCUUUGCUCAAGUAUCUAAAUAGCAUCUCUUCGAAUCGAUGGCUGAUGAUCAAAAUAUUCUUCGUAUUGAUUUUCUUUCUUACCAUAUUCCUAUUCUUUGUGGCUUAAUGAGAUAGAUACAUGAAGAAAAUAUAUUAUUUGUAUCUAGACUUGUAAGAUUGUUUCUUUGUAUAUCACAAUUCAUGCAAUUUGUUCAGGAACUUUGUGUGUAAAUUGCCAUAUAGUGUUUGUAUUAUGUAAGAAUGUAAAUUGCCAUAUAGUGUUUGUAUUAUGUAAGAAUGUUUGUAAUAAUUAUUUUAAAUAAAUUAAUAAAUAUUUUUUUACAUUUA